CACAAAACACAAAAUCCAACAGUUCCAGAAACCCACAUAAGAGAAAGAACACACCUUUGAAAUGGGUGCAUAACUUUGGGAGCAGAACAGAACAAGCUCCUCAGUGCCCUGAGUUUUUCUUUCAAAGCAAUUUUCUCUUUGCUUGACUUGUGUUCCUUUCCCUUCUCUAGUCUUCAGUUUGUUGUAAGAGAAAUUGGUUGUUUUCUACUUACUUAACUUGAUCAUCAAUGGCUUCUUUAGUAUCUUCACCGUUUACUCUACCAAGCUCUAAACCUGACCAGCUUCAUUCUCUUGCCCAAAAGCGUCUUUUUCUUCAUUCUUUCCUUCCCAAGAAGGCUGGUUAUAAUGGUAGCUCAAAAUCCUCUCUGAGAGUGAAAUGUGCUGCCGUUGGCAAUGGUCUAUUCACCCAAACCAACCCAGAAGUUCGUAGAAUUGUCCCAGAGAAUGACCAAAACUUGCCAACGGUUAAAAUUGUGUAUGUGGUCCUUGAGGCCCAGUACCAAUCAUCUCUCACUGCUGCAGUCGUGGCUCUCAACAGUAAAAGGAAACAUGCUUCCUUUGAGGUUGUGGGUUACUUGGUUGAGGAGCUUCGAGACGCUUCAACGUACGAGACUUUCUGCAAGGACUUGGAGGAUGCUAACGUCUUCAUUGGGUCUUUGAUUUUUGUGGAGGAGCUUGCUCUCAAGAUCAAAGCUGCAGUUGAGAAAGAAAGGGACAGGCUUGAUGCAGUUUUGGUGUUUCCAUCAAUGCCUGAAGUGAUGAGGCUUAACAAGUUGGGUUCCUUCAGCAUGUCACAGCUUGGGCAAUCUAAGAGUCCCUUUUUCCAGCUUUUCAAGAGAAAGAAGCCUCAGUCUGCUGGCUUUGCCGACAGCAUGUUGAAGCUUGUGAGGACAUUGCCAAAGGUUUUGAAGUAUUUGCCAAGUGAUAAAGCUCAGGAUGCCAGGCUCUAUAUACUGAGUCUGCAAUUUUGGCUUGGAGGAUCUCCUGAUAACUUGCAGAAUUUCCUGAAAAUGAUUAGUGGAUCUUAUAUUCCAGCACUGAAAGGUACAAAGAUCGAGUAUUCUGAGCCGGUUUUGUACUUGGACAAUGGAAUUUGGCACCCUUUGGCUCCCUGUAUGUACGAUGAUGUGAAGGAGUAUUUGAAUUGGUAUGGUACUAGAAGGGAUGCAAAUGAGAAGCUGAAGUCUACGAAUGCACCUGUCAUUGGUUUGGUUUUGCAAAGGAGUCAUAUUGUGACUGGUGAUGAUGGACACUAUGUGGCUGUGAUCAUGGAGCUGGAAGCUAGAGGGGCUAAGGUCAUUCCCAUUUUUGCUGGUGGACUUGACUUUUCAGGGCCAGUGGAGAAGUUCUUCAUCGAUCCAAUUACGAAGAAACCGUUUGUGAAUUCUGUAGUAUCCCUCACUGGCUUUGCUCUUGUUGGAGGGCCAGCAAGGCAGGACCAUCCAAGGGCUGUUGAGGCUUUGAUGAAACUUGAUGUUCCUUACAUUGUUGCCCUGCCACUGGUGUUUCAGACAACAGAAGAAUGGCUCAACAGCACUCUUGGUCUGCAUCCAAUACAGGUUGCUCUUCAAGUUGCUCUGCCAGAGCUAGAUGGAGGCAUGGAGCCAAUCGUUUUCGCUGGUCGCGAUCCUAAAACAGGAAAAUCUCACGCUCUUCAUAAGAGAGUGGAGCAACUCUGCAUCAGGGCAAUCAGAUGGGCUGAAUUGAAAAGAAAAUCAAAGGAAGAGAAGAAACUAGCAAUCACCGUCUUCAGUUUCCCUCCGGACAAAGGAAAUGUGGGAACUGCUGCCUAUCUGAAUGUCUUUGCCUCCAUAUACUCAGUUAUGAAAGAACUAAAACAAGAUGGUUAUAAUGUUGACGGCCUUCCAGAGACUCCAGAAGCUUUGAUCGAAGACGUAAUUCAUGACAAAGAAGCUCAAUUCAGCAGUCCAAACUUGAACGUUGCUUACAAAAUGAGCGUUCGAGAGUACCAAAAUUUGACUCCUUAUUCCACGGCACUGGAAGAGAAUUGGGGGAAACCCCCUGGCAAUCUGAAUGCAGAUGGAGAAAAUCUGUUGGUAUAUGGGAAACAAUACGGUAAUGUCUUCAUAGGUGUUCAGCCUACAUUUGGCUAUGAAGGGGAUCCAAUGAGGCUGCUUUUCUCCAAAUCUGCCAGCCCUCAUCAUGGAUUUGCAGCAUUUUAUUCAUUUGUUGAGAAAAUCUUCAAAGCUGAUGCUGUGCUUCAUUUUGGUACGCAUGGUUCCCUUGAAUUCAUGCCUGGAAAACAGGUGGGGAUGAGUGAUGUCUGUUAUCCUGACAGUCUAAUUGGUAAUAUUCCAAAUGUUUAUUACUAUGCUGCAAACAACCCUUCUGAGGCCACCAUAGCCAAGCGCAGAAGUUAUGCAAACACCAUUAGCUAUCUGACUCCUCCAGCGGAAAAUGCUGGACUGUACAAAGGUCUUAAGCAGUUAAGUGAGCUCAUCUCCUCAUAUCAGUCCCUCAAAGACACCGGCCGUGGGGCACAAAUUGUGAGUUCAAUUAUCAGCACAGCUAAACAGUGUAAUCUUGACAAAGAUGUGACACUGCCAGACGAGGGUGAGGAGAUUCCACCUAAAGAGCGUGAUCUGGUGGUUGGACAGGUGUAUUCCAAGAUCAUGGAGAUUGAGUCUCGUCUGUUACCUUGUGGGCUUCAUGUCAUUGGAGAGCCUCCCUCAGCUAUGGAAGCAGUUGCUACACUGGUGAACAUUGCUGCACUUGAUCGUCCUGAAGAUAAUAUUUCUUCUCUUCCAUCAAUAUUAGCUGAAACUGUUGGAAGAGAUAUAGAAGAUGUGUACAGAGGAAGUAACAAAGGAAUAUUGAAGGAUGUAGAACUUCUUAGGCAAAUAACAGAGGCGUCACGUGGAGCAAUAACUUCCUUUGUGGAGCGCGCUACCAAUAGUAAGGGUCAAGUUGUUGAUGUAGCUGAUAAGCUUAGCUCAAUCCUUGGAUUUGGCAUAAAUGAGCCAUGGAUUCAGUACUUGUCAAACACCAAAUUUUACCGAGCUGAUAGGGAAAAACUUAGAAUCUUGUUUAUGUUCCUGGGAGAAUGCUUGAAGUUGGUUGUGGCUGAUAAUGAAGUGGGAAGUUUAAAGCAAGCCUUGGAAGGUAAAUAUGUGGAGCCAGGGCCUGGUGGUGAUCCAAUAAGAAAUCCUAAAGUUUUGCCAACGGGAAAGAAUAUCCAUGCCUUGGACCCACAAGCUAUUCCUACAACUGCUGCAAUGCAGAGUGCUAAAAUAGUGGUAGACAGGUUGAUUGAGAGGCAGAAAGUUGAGAAUGGUGGAAAAUAUCCAGAGACAAUUGCCCUUGUAUUGUGGGGAACUGAUAAUAUUAAAACAUAUGGUGAAUCACUGGCUCAAGUCUUGUGGAUGAUUGGUGUAUUGCCAGUGGCUGAUACCCUUGGUCGGGUAAAUCGGGUGGAACCUGUAAGUCUUGAAGAGCUUGGAAGGCCUAGGAUUGAUGUUGUUGUUAACUGCUCAGGAGUGUUUAGAGAUCUUUUCAUCAAUCAGAUGAACCUUCUAGACAGAGCAGUGAAAAUGGUUGCUGAAUUAGAUGAACCAGCAGAGCAAAACUAUGUAAGAAAGCAUGCGUUAGAACAAGCUCAAGCCCUUGGAGUUGAAGUUCGAGAGGCAGCAACUAGGAUCUUCUCCAAUGCCUCCGGCUCCUACUCCUCAAACAUAAACCUGGCUGUGGAGAAUUCGUCAUGGAAUGAUGAGAAGCAGCUUCAGGACAUGUAUCUUAGCAGAAAGUCUUUUGCCUUUGAUUGUGAUGCCCCUGGUGCUGGCAUGACUGAGAAAAGAAAAGUUUUUGAGAUGGCUCUCAGCACAGCAGAUGCCACAUUCCAAAACCUUGAUUCAUCAGAAAUUUCCCUCACUGAUGUUAGCCAUUACUUUGACUCUGAUCCAACUAAUCUGGUUCAAAAUCUAAGGAAAGAUGGGAAGAAGCCCAGUGCAUACAUUGCCGAUACAACUACAGCCAAUGCUCAGGUUCGCACACUUUCUGAGACAGUUAGACUUGACGCAAGAACCAAACUGUUGAACCCAAAGUGGUAUGAAGGCAUGUUGUCUACUGGGUAUGAAGGUGUUCGUGAGAUUGAGAAAAGACUGACCAAUACAGUGGGAUGGAGUGCAACUUCAGGCCAAGUUGACAACUGGGUGUACGAAGAAGCCAACACAACUUUCAUUCAAGAUGAGCAAAUGCUGAACAAGCUCAUGAACACUAAUCCAAACUCCUUCAGAAAGCUGGUGCAGACAUUCUUGGAAGCCAAUGGACGUGGUUACUGGGAAACUGCAGAAGAGAAUAUUGAGAAGCUCAGGCAGUUGUAUUCGGAGGUGGAGGACAAAAUUGAAGGCAUUGAUCGUUAAAGUUCAUAGCUAUUAUUGAAAAGACAAUACAACAUUGAAGCAAGAAAAAAAACACCUUUCUAAUGUGAUUUUGUUUACUUUUCUCAUUUUUUGAGAUCAAGUCUCUGUGCAGUUCUCAAAUCCAACCCAUGUGAACAAAUAAAGGUUCCGGUUCAAAA